AUGUCCUUCCCUCAGCUCGGAUACCAGUACAUCCGCCCGCUCUACCCGCCCGAGCGCCCGGGAGCUGCUGCUGCCGCGGCCGGCGGAGGCAGUGGUGGUGGCGGUGGCGGCGGCGGAGGCGGCGCGGGGGCCCGUGGUGGUCCGAGCGCCGGAGCCUCAGAACUGGCCGCCUCCGGUUCCCUCUCCAAUGUGCUCUCGUCCGUGUAUGGAGCGCCCUACGCCGCGGCCGCUGCGGCUGCCGCCGCCGCUCAAAGCUACGGUGCCUUCCUGCCCUACGCUACGGAGCUGCCCAUCUUCCCGCAACUGGGCGCGCAGUACGAGCUGAAGGACAGUCCCGGGGUGCAACACCCGGCCGCAGCCGCCGCGUUUCCGCACUCGCACCCCGCCUUCUACCCGUACGGCCAGUACCAGUUCGGGGACCCGUCCCGUCCCAAGAACGCCACCCGAGAGAGCACCAGCACGCUCAAGGCCUGGCUCAACGAGCACCGCAAGAACCCCUACCCCACCAAGGGCGAGAAGAUCAUGCUGGCCAUCAUCACCAAGAUGACCCUCACCCAGGUGUCCACCUGGUUCGCCAACGCGCGCCGGCGCCUCAAGAAGGAGAAUAAGAUGACGUGGGCGCCCCGCAGUCGCACGGACGAGGAGGGCAACGCGUACGGGAGCGAGCGCGAAGAGGAGGACGAGGAGGAGGAUGAGGAAGACAGCAAACGCGAGCUGGAGCUGGAGGAGGAGGAGCUCGGGGGGGAGGAGGAGGACACGGGGGGCGAGGGCCUGGCGGAGGACGACGAAGACGAGGAGAUCGACUUGGAGAACCUGGACGGCGCGUCUGCCGGGCCUGAGUUGGCCCUGGCUGGGGCGGCGCGCAGGGACGGCGAUCUCGGCCUGGGACCCAUUUCGGAUUCCAAAAACAGCGACUCCGAAGACGGCUCCGAGAGUCUGGAGGACCGGCCCCUACCGGUUCUGAGUCUGGCCCCAGCGCCGCCGCUGGUGGCCGCGGCUCCGCCGUCCCCGCCCUUGCCCCACUCCGGCCUGGACUCCUGCGCUCCGGCUCCGGCGCCUGCCUCCGCCCUGCAGAAGCCCAAGAUCUGGUCCCUGGCCGAGACCGCCACAAGUCCGGACAACCCGCGCCGCUCGCCUCCCGGCGCUGGAGGUUCUCCCCCUGGCGCAGCCGUCGCACCCCCGGCCCUGCAGCUCUCCCCGGCGGCCGCUGCGGCGGCGGCUCACAGACUUGUCUCGGCGCCGCUGGGCAAAUUUCCUGCUUGGACCAACCGACCGUUCCCGGGUCCGCCGCCCGGUCCACGCCCGCACCCGCUCUCCCUGCUCGGUUCGGGUCCUCCGCACCUGCUGGGACUUCCAGGAGCCGCGGGCCACCCGGCCGCCGCCGCGGCUUUCGCUCGACCCACGGAACCCGAAGGCGGAACAGAUCGCUGUAGUGCCUUGGAAGUGGAGAAGAAGUUACUCAAGACAGCUUUCCAGCCCGUGCCCAGGCGGCCUCAGAACCACUUGGAUGCUGCUCUGGUUUUAUCAGCUCUCUCCUCCUCCUAGUUUUUUUUUUUUUUU